GGAAUUAACUGUCAUAAAUAAAAAAGACUACAAAGAAAACGAGAUGUUGUGUCACCCUGCAGUAAUUUACUGAGAUCCCGUUGGCUCUGGAUGCAAUGCUGGAAGGUCCUUUGUGGAGCUCCAGUCCGGGUUUUGCAACAGUCACAAUAUUUUGGCUGGAUAUUGUCUUAGGAGGUGGUACUAGUGGGGUGGAAUUCCCUCAUGCAGGAGUUUGCACUAGAUGCCUUUACAAAGCUGGAUACUCUGGGAGCAGCGUGGGCUGAUGGAGUAUGAACUAGCCUGGGCGAUCUUUACGAGCUGAAAUCCUGCACAUCACAGAAGGGUUUGUUUCUCUGCGCAAAGCCUGGGACGCUGCUAGGAACCUGCUUACAGACACGUGAACAGAGCCCCCAGACCCAAACGCAGCAGCCUUCUCCAUGAACUCGCCACGAAAGUAUUUUGUAUUUUUUUUUGUGACAGAAAUGCGCACGUAACUUUCUCUGGAGGAUCUGAGGAUUUUUCUAGUUGGUCUGGUAGUGGUUGAAAACUGAGAAACCAGUAGAGCCUUUGCAGCAGUGAUGAGGGAGUGACAAGUCAGAGCUCCUGCGCGUGCACUUGGAAACUCCGAGCAGCUAACGCUGACUGCCCAACCCCCCAAUGGGACUGGACCCGAGCUCCUGCACUCCAUAUGGGGCUGAAGGUAGAGCCAUGUUACCUGCUACCUAAGGUCUCUGCUGCUGCGGUGGUAGCUGGUGGAUAUGGUCCUGCACCAGGCGUCGCACACAGACUCUCAGCUCUGAGCCAGCCCAGGAGGUUUUAGCGGCCGCAGAGACACCCGGCCGUGGGACGGACUCCGAUCACCCUGCGCUACAGGGCUGCGGCGCUGGAGAGUUACUAUGCAGCUUGGACUGUUUGUGGUGGUGGUUUUUCUAAGCUCGAUGGAUCUAACAGGCGGCAGCAAAGUGGUGAAGGGCAAGAGGCAAAGGCGAAUUAGCACUGAGCUGAGCCAGGGCUGUGCCAGGGGCUGUGACCUGUGCUCCGAGUUCAACGGGUGCCUGCGAUGUUCCCCCAAGCUCUUCAUCCUUCUGGAGAGGAACGAUAUCCGGCAAAUUGGGAUCUGCCUCCCAUCCUGUCCACUGGGAUACUUCGGCCUUCGCAAUACAGACAUGAACAAGUGCAUCAAAUGCAAAAUCGAGAACUGUGAGUCCUGUUUCAGCCGAAACUUUUGCACAAAAUGUAAGGAAGGUUUGUAUUUGCACAAAGGGAGAUGUUACGUCACGUGCCCCGAAGGCUACUCUGCUGCCAACGGCACCAUGGAGUGCAGCAGUCCUGCACAAUGUGAAAUGAGUGAGUGGGGGCCCUGGGGGCCCUGCUCCAAGAAGAGGAAGCUGUGUGGCUUCAAGAAGGGGAAUGAGGACCGAACACGGCGGAUCCUGCAGGCUCCCUCUGGGGAUGUGUCCCUGUGCCCCCCCACCACGGAGGUGCGCAGAUGCACUGUGCAGAAGAGCCAGUGCCCCGAAGGGAAAAGGAAGAAAAAGGAUGAGCAAGGAAAGCAAGAUAAUACAAACGGGAACAGAAAUCAGAAAGACACCAAAGAUGCAAAGUCUGGCACCAAGAAGAGGAAGAGCAAACAGAGAGGGGCUGUGGCCCCCACCACAUCCGCCAGCCCUGCCCAAUAGCUGCCCCUUUACGUCACCUGAAGGCAAGACUUCAUUGCUGCUAUGUAUAUGAAAGCUUUAUUGAACCAGAGCACUGCUACACAACAUUACACAUGUCAGAAAGACAGACCUAUACUCCUAGACUAGACCUGACAGAAGCCACAUCCACAAUACUUAAGGAGGCGGUACCCCCGGCGCCACGGAUGGCAUCCCUCGGGGCGGUGGGACACUGCGGGACCAGAGGUGAGGAUGAACCAAGGACGGGGGCAUGGGGCCUCGGGACACUUGUCUCAUGCCCAGCCAGCCACGGGGACGGGAUUUCUGCUCUUCCAGACCAGGGAACUGGACUCACGCAAAGGCAGUGUCCUCUUUCUCUUCCCCCCACCCUUAAUUGUGUGUUUUAAGCUGUAUGACUUUAUCAUUGAGAAUAAUACAUGUUAAACGUUUGUGGUAAAGAGGUCAGUGGUAUCUGCCCUGAAUCUGCUUCAAGGAGUUAUUUCAAAUUAAAAGCAAAGCAAAACAAAACAAAACUAAACAAAACAAAA